AUGUCACGCAAGGACGAGUCCAAGGCCAAGGAUGCCUUUGUGUCCGUGAAUGUUAACGAUUUUACUCGUUUUCGCGACCAGUUUAUUGUCGGCCUCGCCGCUUUGCAGUCGGCCGUGUCUGAUUUGCAACGCGCCUACCUCAACCAUGCAAACUCAGUCCUGAAUCGUGGCCCUAUCGGUCUCGAUACUGGACUGGCCGGCGGGUUUCCCAGCUUGCAUGAGAAUGGCCUUCUAGCUGCUCAGCAUGCGCUUGGUUAUGAAGCCAAAGUCGAGACGGGCGAGAAGAAGAAGCGCAAGCGCGCUCCUCCCGACCCAAAUGCGCCCAAGCGUGCUUUGACUCCGUACUUUUUGUACAUGCAGCACAACCGUUCCUUGAUUGCCAACGAGCUCGGUCCUGAUGCUAAGCCCAAGGACGUUGCUGACGAGGGUACCAUCCGUUGGGCUAACAUGUCAAUCGAAGAGAAGGAGGUCUGGAAGAAGCUCUACAACGACAAUCUUGCCGUCUACCGCGCCAAGAUGAAGGCUUACAAGGCCGGUCUCCCUAUCCCAGAGGACGACAACGCCAAGGCCGACAGCCAACUCCAACAGAGCGUCGCUGCCGCUGAGGCUGAGGCCGAGGAAGAGACCGACUCUGACAGCGAUGAUGAAGAUGAAGAUGAGGAGAGCGCCGAUGAACCGGCCAAGGAGCCUACUCCUCCUCCAAGCAACAAGCGCCGUCGCGCUGGUGCCAAACCCCCUGCGUCGCCGGUAGCAGCCAAGAAGGCUUCUCCUGAAAAGAAGAAGGCUGCCCAGCCCGCACAGCCUGCCCCCACCCCCGCUAAGAAGGAUACUCCAUCGCGAAAGACUGUGAAUGCGGCCAGUGAGGGAAAGCGCAACAAGAAGAAGCGCAAGAGCGAAGUCGGUGCGGAUGAGUAA